AUGGAUUAUUUAAAAUUCCUAUUUGUAUCUAUUGUUUUUAUUAAUAUUUGUGAUGUUGAUGCAAGACAGUUUAGAGUAACUGAUCAAGUUUAUUUUGAUAUCGAAAGUGAAGACAAAUCACUGGGUCGGAUUGUAAUUGGUUUAUUUGGUGAUUUGGCACCCAAAGCUGUUGAGAAUUUUAAAGUUUUGGCAACAAAAGGUAUUCAAGGAAAGUCAUAUAAAGGAACAUCUUUUAACCGCAUCAUUAAAAGGUUUAUGGUACAAGGAGGAGAUGUGGUAUCUGAUGACGGUUUGGGGUCCAUAAGUAUCUAUGGAGAAACAUUUCCAGACGAAAACUUAGAUACUGAGCAUAGUGUUGCAGGCUUUGUUUCCAUGGCUAAUAAAGGUAAAAAUACAAAUGGAUGUCAGUUCAUAAUAACUACAACAGGUACUCCAUGGUUGGAUAAUCUACAUACAGUUAUAGGAAAGGUAAUUGAUGGUCAGAAUAUAGUACAUUUAGUGGAGCACACACCCACAGAUGUGGAGGAUCGGCCUACAAAACGUGUUUAUAUAUCUGACAGUGGAAUAAUAUCAACACCCCAACCUUUUUAUAUAUCAGAUGAUCCAUAUGAUCUAUGGGCUUGGAUUAGAGCCUCUGCAGUACCACUGACCAUGUCCUUUUCCAUUUUAGGAUUCUUCCAUUGGAUGAUGAGAAAAAUGGAAAUAUAA